UAGGGGCAGAAGAUACAGCAGUGAACGUAACAGGUAAAACCCUCCCCCUCUGCCAAGGGGCGGGACAGGGAGGAAAGGGAAGACACAGACUGGUGGACUAUGGAGUGUUCAGUGUUGAUUUGAUGUGAGGUGUGAUUAAAGAAGAACCAAGAAUGACUUUAGUGUUGUUGACCUGAGCAACCGGAAGAAUAGAGUUGCCAUUUAUUGAGAUGAGAAGGCUGCCAGAAGAGUAGAGUUGUUUUGUUUCAUUAUGGAGAUUGACGGUUUCCAGAAGUUAGACCUAGAGAAGAGUGUACCUUCCAAAAAGACUACUCCUAAAAGGAUUAUCCAUUUUGUUGACGGAGACAUCAUGGAAGAAUAUAGCACAGAGGAGGAGGAAGAAGAGGAAAAAGAGGAGCAGAGCACAAAUUCAACACUUGACGCUUCUAAACUUUCCUGGGGGCCCUACCUACGAUUUUGGGCAGGACGAAUAGCAAACACCUCAUUUUCUACAUGUGAAUUCCUUGGUGGAAGAUUUGCUGUCUUCUUUGGUCUUACUCAACCCAAAUAUCAGUAUGUGUUAAACGAGUUCUAUAGGAUACAAAACAAGAAAAGUGACAACAAAAGUGAAAGGAAAGGAUCAAAGGCCCAGGCAGCUGAGGUUCCUGAUGAAAAGUGUCACUUGGAGGCUGGGGUCCGAGAGUAUGGAACCAUACAACAGGACGCAGCAGAGGCCAUUUCUCAGUGAAGCACCUCAUCCAGGGAGGGUCUGGUGGCAGAUCCUAGCUCAUGAUGGCAGCAAAGACUAUAGUUUCCCUGGAUCUCUGUUCCUUGGCCAUUGAUUACCAUGGCAACAACACCACAGGUAGCACUUCUGAGCCAGAUCUGAUCCUAAUCUCCGUGUGACUUAGUCUCAAGCAUCCAGGAAUUACAAGCAAUAAUGAGAGUAAUUUUGGACACUUUCUCAGAAUAAUUUUUAUAUUCAAGGCACCCCACCUCAACUCCACCCCCGUGAUACAAGUCCCAUGAGUACUGACAUCUGCACAGUAGCAUAAAUACCUUAAGGAAUUUGGGACUGGGAGUUUUUGGCUGAAAUCCUCUGUCAUGGGACGAGGGUACAGUAAAGAAGCUCUCUUCCUCAGAAGAAAAUUUGGGCACUGCAAAGUCUAAAUAAAUCCCCUUUCAGGGUUUGAUAUAGGUGUGUACUUCCAACAACCAUCCUGGCUUAGUUGGGGAUUGUUUUACAAUAAGUAAACAUUGCUAAUAACUCUGUUACAAGAUCAUUAUCAAGAUCUUUAAGAAUUAGGUACAUCCCUCCAAAUUAAAACAAUCAAUAAAUAAUAUAAGCUCUAGAAAAAAAAUUUUUAAUGGAUUAUUUUCUUAUUUAUUUGUCAAGAAAUGUUCAAAACCUGGAAAGAUCGAACAUGGAAAUCAUUGUUAGAUAACACACGGUGUGCUGGCCAAAGUAACUGUGAUACAUUAAUAGCAAAAAACAAACCAAAAAAAAAAGAAAGAAAAACACAGGGCCUGCAGUAGUAAGACAUGAGUUCCAGUUUCACUUCUCCCAUUUACUAGUUGUGUGAUUUGAGGUGUCUAGAUUUCUGAGCUCCAGUCUACUUUGUAAAAUAUGGGUGACUUGACUUUGCUUGUUAUUGUUAUACAGAAUUAUGAGAAAUAAUAAUUUAUUGUUGUUUUAA